AUGACCGUCACCUUUGAACCCUCUCCCACCCGGAGCACCGCUCCCACCUCAGUGUCCUCGCUCGAAGAUCGAUUCGAGGUCAUGAAGGAGGUGGGAGAUGGCAGCUUCGGGAGCGUGGCCGUCGCUCGAGUACGAACCGCUGGCUCGAACAUCGCACGACGCGGAACCAUGGUUGCUAUCAAAACAAUGAAGAAGACCUUCGACUCGCUGACCCCGUGUCUGGAGCUGCGGGAAGUCAUCUUCCUCCGUACCAUCCCCUCCCAUCCCCACCUCGUCCCCGCGCUGGACAUCUUCCUCGACCCCCUCUCCCGCAAACUGCACAUCGCCAUGGAGUACAUGGAUGGAAACCUCUACCAGUUGAUGAAGGCCCGCGACCACAAGUGCCUCGAGGGCAAGCACGUCAAGAACAUCCUCUUUCAGAUCUUGUCCGGUCUCGAUCACAUCCAUGCCCACCGCUUCUUUCACCGAGAUAUCAAGCCCGAGAACAUCCUGGUCCGCUACUCCAACCUCGUCACCCCUCCCUCCACCCCGCCCACCUACACCGUGAAGAUUGCCGACUUCGGUCUGGCGCGCGAAACCCACUCCAAACUCCCCUACACCACCUACGUCUCGACCCGAUGGUACCGAGCACCGGAGGUCCUCCUCCGCGCCGGACAGUACUCGGCCCCCGUCGACAUGUGGGCCGUCGGUGCCAUGGCCGUCGAGAUUGCCACCCUGAAGCCCCUCUUCCCCGGCGGGAACGAGGUCGACCAGGUCUGGCGCGUCUGCGAGAUCAUGGGCAGCCCGGGCAACUGGUACAGCAAGUCGGGCGCCAAGAUCGGCGGCGGUGAAUGGCGCGAUGGCUCCCGUCUGGCCCAGAAGCUGGGCUUCACCUUCCCCAAGAUGGCGCCGCACGCGAUGGAGAGCAUCCUCCCCUCGCCCCAGUGGUCCCCGGCCUUGAGCCAUUUCGUCACCUGGUGUCUCAUGUGGGACCCCAAGCACCGCCCGACCUCCAAGCAGGCCUUGAACCACGAGUACUUUGCGGAUGCGGUGGAUCCCUUGCGCCCGCGGUCGUCCACCGCUCGUCUGGUGAGCCGGAAGCACUCCGAGAAGGUGUUCAAGUCGCCGACCCGCGACCUGCCCGACGCCCCCGGUCUCUCGUCGAAGCCGUCCUGGUUCCGCCGCUCGCUGAUCGGGAAGACCGAGAACACCACGACCGCCAUGGACAUUGAUCAGCCGCCCAAGCAGCAGCCCGUCGUCUCCUACAAUGUGCCGUCCGAGGCCCACACGACGACGACGACGACGACCACCACCACCACCCGGCCCGCACCACAGAAGCGGGCCACGUGGGCCAACGGCGCCCCCAUGCCCAUUCUGCCCUCUAUCCGCCCCGUCUCGCCGCUGUCGAACGCUGUCACGGCGCAGGCGAACUCUUCGCUCACCGCGGGCGACGGGAAGAGCAAGAAGAUCGGGCGACAGCUCUCGGUCAACUCGCACGGCAAUCAUUACGCCGACACCCACCGACAGGAAGCUGAGCGCAUGCUCAACGGUGGCGCCCACAACACCCCGGGCUCCGGCCAGCGGGAAAGCUUCUUCUCCCACCUCCGCAAACGCGCUCGCCGACUGUCCGGCCGCAACCAGGCGCAUUCGUCGGGGGAAGAGGCGGAGGGCAAUGCCGGCUGCAUGCCGUGGUCGAACCGGUCGUCGCUCGCCCUGGAUUCCGCCAGUGGGUCCGACGCCAAGCAGAACGAUCUCUCGGAGCUGGAUAAGGCCCUGCAGGGGGUGAGGUGCUCCCUGGAUUCGACGGCGCUCGGCAACGUGCCCGUCUCGAUCACCACGACGAUCGAAGGUGGCAAGCGCCAGUCGAUGCCCCACGGAUCCAUUCGCUCCAUGGGCGAUAGCCCGGUGUCGACCAGCAGCACGAGUGCGCCCCUCUCGAGCCGCACGCGACGUGCCAUGCAGAUGUCCACCCACCCCGUGCACCGGUACGAGACCCCCGAGGAGGAGGACGAGCUGCUCGACGAGGUGCUGCACUCGACGAGCAAGGCGGCCAAGCGCCUGGCGCAGACGCAGAACUCCUCGGACGGCUCGUCCAACUACAGCCGGCAGCCCAUGCCAAACGACAGCUCGCGGACCCUGCCGAGCCCGUACCCCACUCCCUCCCCGUCAGCGCGGUGUGACGGCGUCUCGUUCGGCCAGGAUACGACGCCCUGCCGGCGGGACGAGAAGGCGACCUACCCCAAUCGUCAGUGGCCCACGCCGCCCUACGAGGAAGGGGAUUGGGCGCACCCGGCCCCCUCCCACCUGCUGGCUGGUCCUACCUAUCGGUAG